UCAGUUUCAGGUUCAAGCGAAAUCGCCAUCAGUCUCGCACACAGGCUGUCAAACUAGCAUGUUUUGGUUUAAAAUUGUGGCGAUUUUUGUAUUUUAAUUGGUAGUCACCUCAUAGUUUUGCUAAGUUAAUAGUCCCAUUUCUGCCCUGGAACAUCUUAUACCAUGAAUAUCAUUUCGAAGCGGUUGACUUCCGGGAAAUCUUUCCUGCUAAAUUCUGCCCGGCGAUUAGAAAUCCUCAGCCCAUAUGGAGUCACAUAUUCGACAAAAACAAAUCCAGACCCGGCUGAAGCGACCGCCCAGCAGCAAGCGCGAGUCCCAAAUUCAUCUCCGGGCACUACGGAGCGUAAAAGUAUAAUCCCGCCGGAGUAUCGGUUUAUCUAUCAGGAAUUUCUACCGGAUCCAAAGAUCGAAUGGCGUAACCCGAUUCGUGAAAAGCUCGAACGUCAAGAUAUGCUGGAUCGUCGUUCGAAUAUCGACAUACCUGAGUUUUACGUAGGAUCGGUCCUGGCCGUGACCUGUUCAGAUCAGCACGCCGUGGGAAAAACUUCCCGCUUCGUUGGGAUUUGCAUUUUGCGAGAAAAGUGCGGCUUGAGAGCUAGAUUCAUCCUGCGCAAUGUGGUCGACAACCAGGGAAUAGAAGUAAGUUACGACAUGUACGAUCCCACCCUGCUGAAGAUCGAAGUACUGCGACUCGAGAAACGAGUUGAUAGUCAUUUACUCUAUCUGCGUGACGCGCUCGAUGAGUACAGUACGUUUAAUUUGAACAUGGAACCGGAACUGCUACCCGACGGUGCACCUGUUCCGGUCAAUGAUGUUAAGGUGAUACUGAAACCGAGACCCUGGUAUGACCGGUGGGAGCGCCAUAAUUUGCAGGGCGUUGCGAAUAUUGACGAGCAUACUAACGAGAGGAAAAAGAAAAAGGCGGAAAAAGUGGCAACUCCUUGGGAGCGGUUUGAUCUGAUGAAGGAGUACAGAAGGGCGAUCCCGGAGGAGGAACAGAAGGAGGUCUUUGCCGAGGUGUAUUCACAGUUGCACCAGCUGGAGCUGACCCGCAAGAAGAUGAAAAGGAAGCGCACGUUUGUCAAGCCGACGAAACUAGCGUAGGAGUACAUUAAUUUAGAGAACCUAAUAAAAUGGUAGGCAUUUCGCGUAUAGCAAAUUUGA